GAUGAGAAGCCCGGUGCCAAAUGAGAGCAGGCAGACAGAGCGCGCUCAGUGGGCUACACACCCGAACCUGCCGAAGGCCGUUGGAGUCGUGCGUUGUAAAUUAUGUACAUAAGUUACUGAUAUUAUUCGGGUCCACAUGAAUGGCAGCAGCACAAGUUGGAGCCGUUAAACCGAGCAGCAAGAGUGAACAUCUGUAAACAGAGAGCACUGAAUUACACCAAGUGCUCUCUGCCCGGCGCGCGCACAGACCGAGCGGCUCGACGACUCUCGUGGGGAUUUUCAAGCAGACAAACACCGCAGCGACGCUCGUGAAAUGUAAAAGAGAGGAGAAAAAAGACUAAUGGAACCGCACAUUUUUUUCUAAAGCUUUUUAUGUAGAUGUAUUUUUUCAGUGGGUGUAAAAAUAAUUUUGUAGGCAAAAAGCCCUCGUGUAAAUCGUGUGUAAUAACGUUUGUAAAAAAAGAAAAGCUACAGGGAUACUAAGAAAUCCAGUUAUCAGUAAGUGAGCUAGCUAUCUGGGCUGAGCAGCUCGUUUUUUAAAAUCAAGAUACCGCUGGACCGGCGAGCUACUAUGUUGCAUUCGGGGUUUACUUGAAGAUAUUCACCCAACAGUUUGAGGGAAAAACAGCAGCGUUCCCAACGGGCUUGAAAAAACUCCUGGUUUAGUGUGUGUUUCUAAGAGCUGGGAGACGUGUGCUUUACUUUGAUUAGUACAGCACAUAUGUGGAUAUAAAGUAAAUGUAGGACAUGGUGAGGAGGAAAGUGAGGAUAGAAACUAUUCUCUCACAGCUGUGGUCUCACCCUCCUGUGCUACUGUAAAUAAUCUAAUAAAAGGAGAAAGGGCGGCAGAGAGUGGAGGAAAGGUUGAAGAGGUUAACCAGUUUGACCAAGGACGGCCUUCAGUCACCUGCAGCACUGGAAGAACAACCUGACGGGCUGGAAGGAGUGAGUGGGUAACCACCGAAAGAGAGAGAGACGGGGACUGACGGAGGAGCAAAGGUUUGGAGGAGGAGGAGGUCAAGGAGGUGUGGGAAAGUCCAUUCCCCAUGGCUACUGACCCAGGAGAGCCCACAGGCACCGAGGACUCCUCGGAAAAACCUGAUGAAAAGGAGGGCAGGGCAGACUCACAGAGGGAGAGGACAAACAGCACCCCCUCGGACUUCCCCUCCUCCCACACUCAGGAGAGGAAAUCGACAGGAGGAGAGGAUGGAAGAAUCCAAGGAGAAGGAGGGGGAGGAGGCGAAGCCAGCCAGGAGGCUCAGGAGAACCCAGUCAGGCCGAUUUCCUUCUCCACGCCCUCCUUACCAGUCGACACUGGCCAGAAACGACUGAGGAGGGAGAAGCGCUUCUUCCGGAAGAGUGUGGAGAUUUGUGAGGAGGACAAUGAGGUGAAGGUGACCCCAGAGGCCCCCCAUAGUGCCCCUCACCUGGAGCUGCGCUCCUCAGACUCAGUCUUCACCAGCAGUGCCCAGCAGCCAGGGGCUGCUUCAUCCUGUGCUGCCGUGGGCCAUGACUCAUCCUGCCCGAGCUCCAGCCAGGAGCCGGACGUACCUUCCUCCGCAUCCACCCAAAGGGGGAAGGAGAGGGAGCAGGAGGAGGAGGCGGAGAUGAAGGCUGUGGCCACUUCUCCUGGAGGCAGGUUCCUCAAGUUUGACAUUGAACUGGGCAGAGGAGCCUUCAAGACUGUGUAUAAAGGCCUGGACACAGAGACUUGGGUGGAGGUGGCUUGGUGUGAACUACAGGACCGCAAGCUGACCAAGGCAGAGCAGCAACGCUUCAAGGAGGAGGCCGAGAUGCUCAAGGGGCUCCAGCAUCCCAACAUUGUACGCUUCUAUGAUUCCUGGGAGUCUGUGUUCCGUGGCAAGAAGUGCAUCGUACUGGUCACUGAACUCAUGACUUCAGGAACACUCAAAACUUAUUUGAAGCGCUUUAAAGUGAUGAAACCCAAGGUCCUGAGAAGUUGGUGUCGGCAAAUCCUGAAGGGCCUUCACUUCCUUCACACCAGGACUCCUCCAAUAGUCCACCGGGACCUUAAGUGUGACAACAUCUUCAUAACAGGUCCCACAGGCUCAGUCAAGAUAGGUGACCUGGGACUGGCAACUCUUAUGCGAACCUCAUUUGCCAAGAGUGUCAUUGGAACGCCAGAGUUCAUGGCUCCAGAGAUGUAUGAGGAGCACUAUGAUGAGUCUGUGGAUGUCUACGCUUUCGGGAUGUGCAUGCUGGAGAUGGCCACUUCAGAAUACCCCUACUCUGAGUGCCAAAAUGCUGCUCAGAUCUAUCGCAAAGUCACAAGUGGUAUAAAGCCAGCCAGCUUUGAUAAAGUGACUGAUCCAGAAAUCAAAGAGAUCAUAGAAGCCUGCAUUCGUCAGAACAAGAGUCAGAGACUUUCCGUCCGAGACCUCCUGAACCAUGCAUUCUUUGGGGAGGACACCGGGGUCCGGGUGGAGUUGGCAGAGGAGGACACAGGCACCCAGGACUGUCUGGCUCUCCGUAUUUGGGUUGAAGAGCCCAAGAAGCUUAAGGGGAAGCACAAAGACAACGAGGCCAUCGAGUUCAGCUAUGACCUGGAGAAUGAUAGCGCUGAGGAAGUGGCUCUAGAGAUGGUGAAGUCAGGAUUCUUCCAUGAGAGUGAUGCCAAGGUGGUGGGAAAAUCCAUCCGGGACCGUGUAAAUCUGAUCAAAAAGUCACGUGAGCGUCAACAGCAGCAGCUCUUCCAGCAGCAAGGCUUUGAAGAAAAAAGAGACCCCACUCUCACCUCCUCCACCUUUUCUCAUCCAUCCUGCCCAUCCUCACUGGGGCCAGGGGCAGCUGGACAGACUAGAGGAGAAGGAGGAGGGCAGGAAUCUGAGGAGCUGCCUGAAGUGGACCAGCAUGUCAGGCAGCAACAUAUUUUCAGUGGAACAAACCUGAGUCUGCCAGGUGAGAGCAUUGAGUCUGCCAGCUGUGAAUCUUAUGCAAGUGGACAGAGCCAGUUGUAUUCUCAACAAGGGGAAUCAUACACCCACUCUCAGAAUACUCUCCCCCCUACGGCAUCUAGUACUGGCGCAUUGACUCAUCCUCAAAUGCUCCCACUUGGUGGGAGUGGAAGUGUUCCAAAUGUGCCUAUUGGUCAGAGCGUUAGUAUGUCCAGCAUGUCCGUAGGCCAAAGUGGAGGGGGCCCUGUUGGUCAGGCAUAUCUUCAGCCCAGUACCAUGGUUCCACAGGCCUCAAGUAUCCCUCAACAAUAUUUUCAGUCUCAAACAUUCCCAUCAGAUUCAUUUCAAACUGCCACCCCCCAUGGGUCAAUGGCCCCCUCACUGUCAUACAUACCUCCUGUUUGCCCACAAGCACCCAUUAAUGUUCUCACUACAUCCAUAUCAGUCAAUGAUCCUGCUGGACUAGGGGGGACCAUUGUGCCCCUCGCUCAUCAGACCCAACCCCCUGCCACACCCAUGCAGCUCACUGACAUCAUUCCCCAGGCAGCACCCCAGCAAACACAGCCUGUCAUGAUCCCUCAGCAGACUAUUGUCCAACAACAACAGAUAGAGAUGGAUCCCCAGAACACCACCUUUCAGCAGCAGCCGCAGCAGCCGCAGCAGCAAAUGGAGGCCCAGGCCGCUCUGCUCAAACAACAACAAGUUAAUGCGACUCAGCCACCAACGGAACAUCAUCCACAGAGCCUUUCAGCUAUAGCUGUCCAGAAACAACAACAUGAGCCUCAGCAGCAGAUCUAUGUACAGCAACCUGUUCCACCUGUUCACACAACUCCUCAGCAGCAAGUUGUACCUACCCACACAGGGAUGGAGCAGCGAGCUAUGCCAUUGCCACAGCAGGGGGAGCAGCCUCAGACUUACAAACAACAACCAACAGGAGAUCCUCGUGAACAGACCAUGAUACAACCAGAACUACAACAACAGUUUCAGCAAAUUCUGUUACAACAGCAUCAAGCUUUACUGCUCGAGCAACAUCAGACAUUCGUCCAGCAACAGCUUGAUCAGCAGCAACAAAAAACCCUGCUUCAACAGCAGCAACAACAACAGUCCCAACUACAACAACAACAACUGGAGCAGCAGCAAGCACUUACACACAAGCAAUUGUUUGAUCAACAACAGCAGCAAUCUCUUAUUCAACAGCAACAAGAGAAGCAGCAGCAACAGCAAGGUCUUGUACAACAGCAACCACAACAAGCACUUUUACAACAUCAGUCAGAGCAGCAGCAACAGCAGCCUCCUUCACAGCAAAAUCAGCAUAAUCCAUUUUACCAACAAAUUGGACAACACCAAAGUGGAAUACAAACAGAACCAGAGAAGCAACAACAAAGUGGACAACAGCAGCAACAACUUGUAUUACAGCCGCAACCCCAGCAGACUCAACAGCAAGCGGAACAAUUGCCUCAGCAAGCCUUACUCCGACAAAUGGAACAACAACAGCAGCAAGCGCUAAUACAACAGCAUCUGCAACAGCAAGCUUUUUUACAACAGCAUCAGCUACAACAGAAAGCCCAGCUCCAGCAACAGCAACAUGAGCAGCAACAAGUGCAACUGAAACAGCAGAUAGAGCAGCAGCAGCAAGCCCUGUUGCAACAACAGUUUGAGCAACAGUGUCAGCAACAAGUCCUGUUACAACAACAACAAGCAGAGAGAUUGCAGCAACAGGUUUUGAUACAGCAUCAGAUUCAAGAGCAGCAGCAACAAGCAGCCAUUAUUCAACUUCAGCAAACUGAGACGCAAGAAGCUGUCCCUAUUCCACAAAGUAACAGUAAGCAGCAGUUUGAGCAGCAACCAAUUGAUGUGCAGCACACGUGCAUCCCAAAACGAAACGUCGCCCAGUUUACAACUCAUACCGCUCUCACUCAGCAGCAAGUGAUGGAGCAACAGCAGCAAGCAGCAUUGAGUCAGCAGCAGCAAGCAUUUGUUGCCCAGCCGCAGCAUCAGAUCUCUAUAAGGGAACCUCAUAUGCCAGCCGGCACUGAGCUGAUUCAGCACCAAACUCAAAGAUUAUCACAGUCCCAGGUCCCCAUGGCCAUUCAGACUACGCACAUCCCUGUUCAGACGUCUGCUGUUGUCCCAGCUCAAGUCCUUACCCAGCCAGGACAAAGUGAGAACCAGAACCAGUGCCCAGUCCAAUUUAUAGCCCAAUCCACAGGCCAAGCAGCUCAGGCUAUGGUUGAGGCCCAAGUAUCUUCUCCUGCGGCAGUGAUCCAGCAACCGACUCUCGUCAACCAGACCCAGCAAAUUCCUCGACAGACUAAUUACCCAGGACCUGCCACACUCACACAGGUAACUGCUCCGCCAUUAACCCAGACUCAGCCACCACAUGGUCAGGGCCCAACUGUGGACAUUCAGAUGAUGGGUCAGCAAAACCAAGCUACAGUCCAGCCUCCAGCUGCAUUUACCUCAAUUCCCAGUCAAAUCCAACAUGAGACUCUUCAGCAAAAGGCUCAAAUGCCAGGACUCAUGCAGACCCAGCUCCAGCAACAAACUCAAGGCCAGUCACCUAGCCAGAUGCAUGCUCAGGCUACUGCUGGUCUUCUGACCCCUCAGUAUGUCUCUCAGCCUACCCACCAAGCCAUGCCAUAUGUACAACAAGAUACAGCUCAUAUUACACAACAGCAGCAGCAACAAGAGCCAGUUCUACAGUUUCAUCAGAUGAUUAUGUCUCCUGGCUUAGCUGAAGGUGUUGGAACAACAACCGAUUGUCUCAAUUCUGUAGAUGACCCUGCAAAGUUUGUUGCAAUUCCCCAUCCUGUGCCUCAGGCGGGACAUGGCUAUGUUCAAGGCCAAACAACAAUACAUCCAGUUGUUCAGCAGCACCCCCCAGGAGGCUCUGCUGGCCCUUCAGUCGUUCAGUCCAUCUCCCAGCCUCCUAUGCCUCAGUCUGCUGUGCAAUACCAGCAACAGCUACAGAACCAACCAUUAGCUCCACCUCCUGCACAGGCCCAGUUACUUGCACAGCCCAUCCAAACUCCCAUCGAGCAACCCCUUCCUAUGAAGCAAAAUUUGAUUGCCCUUGACGAGGGUCAGCUGCCAUCACAGUUUCCACCUGCUGCACAUCUGAUGACCCCUCCUUCUGCACAGACAGUGGCAGGUGCCCCUCCGUCUCUGCAGCACCAAGCCAAGCAGAUGCUGCCAGCUCACACACAUUCACAAACCAGCAUUCAGGGCCAAACAAACUCCCAAAUGCAGACACAUGCUCAGAUACAGGCUCAUUCUCACACUGAGACACCUAUAGCUGAACAGCCUGUGCUACCCCAUGCUGUCUUUCCUGCACAACAAACACCUCUCAGCCCGUCUCAUACCUCAUGUCCCCCAACAUCAUUACCAUUUCUCCCAUUCCUACCAUCCCACUAUCCCGCUACUUUCCCUGUGCCAGAGCUGCCUACAUCUCCGCCAGCGGCCCAGGUAACUUUACCAGGGCAGGCCGACUAUAUACCCACCUCCCAUCCACCUGUCACUGCUCUACAACUGCUUGACUCUAAUGCCCCCAAACUACCCCAAGCCUCGCUGCAAGACUGUGACCUUUCCUUGCUGGGCAUUGCUCAGGAUGGUCCGUACCUGUCAAGUACAGAACGUCAUUCUUCAUUAGGGUCUGUUCCAGCUAAUGGAGAAGAAACAUUUCAGCUCUUAGCCAAUGGGAAGUUUGAGAAAUUAAAGACUCAAAGGACAGCUUCCUCUCAGAGGCCUGAGAAAAUGUCACAUCAGUUUCAACUGAGCAUGCUCCAGGUGUCAGGCAGUGGGGACAAUAUGGUGGAAUGCCAGUUGGAAACCCAUACCAACAAAAUGGUGACAUUUAAGUUUGACAUUGAAGGGGAUGCCCCAGAGGACAUAGCAGACUACAUGGUGGAGGAGGACUUUGUCCUUGAUGUAGAGAAAGAGAAAUUUGUUGAAGAUCUUAGAGCCAUAGUUAAGAAAGCUCACGAAAUUCUUCAAACACAUUCACAGACUGGAUCAACGGACCAGUUACAUGUGAGCACUUCCACUAGCUCUUCAGUGGAGUCAGUGCCCCAUUCCUCUCCAGUGGGACGCUGGCGCUUCUUUAUUAACCAAACCAUCCGCCAUAGAGACUCUCUGUCGAGUCAGGGAGCAGGCACGCCACCCCCCACUGCAGAGAGCAGGAUACCACAGUCUCCUAAAACAGAAAGAGAAAGUGAAGGAUCCCAGAGUCUGGAGUCCUUGACGGGCAUGGCCUUUCCCCCCCGCCUCCCUCUUUCUGCCACCUCCCCUCCCGUCUCAAUUGUCUCAGCCCCUGCCUCCAUUGUCCGCUCAGCUAUCUCUGCUCAAACUCCUCACACCACUGUCUCUGAAAGCAUCUCUGCACCCGCCUCCACUCUCAAGGCCUCUGUCCCUGUCACUGCUUCAGGUGGUCUUGAACUGCCAGUCCUCACCUCAGCUUCUGUUGACCAAAUGCACACUGUUCCCUCAUCAAUAGCAAUACCUGCUGCUGCUAAUUUCCCCACCUUGUCCACUGCUCCUAAUGUUGUGUUUCCCACACCCACCACCAUUCUCCCUGAUGUCAUCACACCUCCUGGAAGCAGUGGUUGCUCCUCUGUAGGUCAAAGUAUGGGGGAUACAGUGACAAUUGCUCCAAGGUCGUCAACCUCUUUUCAUUCCCCAUCUAUUAGUGCUGCAGUGACCUCUUCUGCAGUUAGCACACUUAGCAUGGAGCAGCAGCAGACUCUCUCUCAGAUGGACAAACCAGCCUCACAACAAUCGAAACUACCGCAGACACAACUACAGCCUGCAUUACAGCAACAGGUACCUGUAGUUCAACAGCAACUGCAGGCAAUGCAGCUGGAACAACAGGCACAACAGAUACAGCGGGAAACACCACAGCAAUCACAACAUCAAGUGUACCAAGAACAAAUUCAGCUGCAGCAGGAACGAGCACUGCAACAGUCUCUCCAGCAGUUACAACAUCAGCAGCUAAUGCAACAACAAAUACCACUUCAACAACAGAUGACUGAGGUGCAGAUGUUUUCUCAGACAGGUCAUGCAGAGUUGUUACAACAGUCUGCGCCUCUUCAGUCGUUUCUGCCACCAAUGUCCCAACAGCAGACCCAACAAUCCAUUCUUCAACAUCAAACACCACAGUAUACCCCACAGUUGCUGCAGCAGCCUCAGUUACAACAGAUACCACAGCAGGUUAUAGCACCCCAAGCAGCUGUAGUGCCUCAACAUCAGGCCCAUAUUGAUCAGCAGCAGCAGCAACAGUUAAGCUUGCAACAUACAAUACACUUACAGCAACAGCAAAUGGUGCAGCAGCAGUUACAGCAGCAACACCAUCAGCUGUUUAUGGAUGCUGUUGCUUUAACACCAGAUCAGAGCCAAAUGCUGCCCCUGUCAAUUAGUCAACAGUUUCUUCAACAACAGGCACAGCUAAGUGUUAACCCUGUACCGCAACAGCAGAUUCCACAACAAACCCAGAACCCUGCUGAGCUGGUACAACAACAUCUACAGUCACAGAAACAGCUGCAACACUCUGAGCAGCAACAAGAGACGGUUAUAGCCAUGGACACACCCCAGAAACAGCAGCAGUUUCCGCUGCAGAAGCAGUCCUCUUUACAGAUAUCUGAGUCAGAAAUGUCCAUGGGAGAGACAAGUUUCACAGAGGACACAUGCAGUUACUCUAACCCUUUUCACCCUUCCUCUGACUCCUCGCUGCCCCCUCUCCAUCUGGGCACCGCUGAAGCCCCCGUACCCGCUCUCUCCCUCACAAUGACACCAUCCCCUGCUCAGCCUUCCUCUGUGGCCGAGUCGGACAGUGAAGGCCCUCCCAAAAUUGAAUUUGUAGAUAACCGCAUAAAGACUCUGGAUGAAAAGCUGAGGAACUUGUUAUAUCAGGAGUAUAGUAGCGGGGCAGCCCCGGCCGGGGGAGCUGCCUCUGGCCCUACAUCAGCUGCCUCCACAUCAGCAGGAGGAGACGAGUCAUCUGAAUCACAGUCGCUCCACCACUUGUCUUUUCCCCCACCUGCCUCCUCUUCAGAUACCUCCCCUCACUCAUCUUCCUCCUCUUCCUCCCCCACCACCUCCCGCUCCUCUUCUACCUCCCCUGACCCAGAGAGAGAUGGCGCAGGAGGGAAAGCUUCCUCGGAACUGCCCAGCUUUGCGGAGAUGGGCCCUGUGGAACAACAGCCUUGCCCAUCUCUCCCCUCCUCCUCUGCCUCGUCCACCACGCCUACCUCUCUCCUGCCUUCCAAUCAGGAUGAAUCGGCUGGGCCCCAGCGUCCACUUGUACCAGAAGAACCAACCAUUCUUGCUGUACCCCCACACUCUGAUACCAGUACCACUGGAGACGCAUCAUGGCCCCCCAAUCAGCACCCGAUCCCCCUCCGGCAUGGACACCAGAAGCUCAAUGCAGGAGGUGGAUAUUUUGGCCUAAACCUGACAUGUCCUAGUAUCAGAAAUCCUGUUAGCAAGAAAUCCUGGACUCGCAAAUUCAAAAACUGGGCAUGCAAACUGCGCCACUCCGCCAGCUUGUUCAAGAAGCCCAGAGUCCAGCAAGAUGGAAGUUCCAGCAGUCAGACACUUAGAGAGGAGAAGGAGGCACCACAGUCAAAUCCACCUCAUUCACACAAAGGACGAUUUCAGGUGACUCCAGUGACCCAAUCCUCCUCCCCGAAGGCUGUGCCAUCAGGCCAUGGUAGCACUCACAGGAAAGUGGGCCGCUUCUCUGUAACCCAGGCUGAGACUAAGAAAGAGGACAGACAGCCUGACAGCUCCCCGGUGUCUCCUAAUUUGGAGAGGGAGAGGAGGAGAUCUCGGAUAAAGGACGGAGAAAAAGAUGAAAGUAAGAGGACCCCAGCAAUGGCUCACCUGCCUCGUGGUCAUGGACACAGCCACUCACCCCUGGGCAGCAGCGAUGAUGAUGAUGAGUGUGAGCUGGAGGAUGAAGACCUGAGAAAAGAACUACACAAGCUCAGAAAGAAGCACAUCAAAGAGGUGGUAUCCCUUCAGUCCCACCAGAACAGAGAGCUGCAGGAGCUGUACAGUCAGCUUCGUUCCCUCAAAGACCAACGGUAUAGUCUGCCUGUCUCUUUGUCCCGAACAACUCCUCUUCCCAUGGGACCACCUGUCAUGUCUCCUCGAAGGCCCAGGCCAGCCAAAAUCAAACUCCGGCCCCGCCCUCACUCUCACAUGGAUAACAACGGAGUUACACACUCUGGGAUUCAGCAGCCAAGUUUCUCAGGUGGUGAACAGAGUAGACUGCUUCUAUACUGCAACCCAGAGCACUGCACUUCACUGCCUGCUAAAAGAGAUCAUAGUCCUCUUAUAAAAAGCACAUUCACAGAUGAACUGCACAAACUCGUUGAUAAUUGGACGAAGGAUACGGUGGGCCCCGCUCCGCCCAAGCCUUCGCUGAAUCAAAUUAAGCAGAUUCAGCAGGUGCAGGAGUUGGGAGGCUGGAGUCAGCCGACUGAGGUGGCUCCACCAGGUUGGUUUCCAGUGGCACCACUGAACCCCCAGGCACCCCCAACAUCUUCCAGCUUGCCUGUGGCAGCCCAUUCCCAAUACACAGGUGGAGGAAGCCUGUCCACCCUACACUCUCCGGGACCACCACCUCAAACGCACAUGGCUCAAGUUCCACAGGUGCAGCAAAGUUUACACCUCCAUCAGUCUCUCCCUCUCCAGCAGAUGACCUAUCAGCAGUCCUCACUCUGCCAGCAGAUACCGCAGCCCCGAAUGCAAACACCCAUACAGUCCCAAUCGCUGUCACAGACUGAACCCAUCACCCAACUGCCCCAUUCACCACCUCAAGGCCAACCACUGCUGCCUUCCCAAAUGCCCACAUCUCCAGUGUCCACGGCCAGUGGCACAACUGCACCUACAGAUGGCAUUGCUGCUAUCGGGGGGGCAUUUUGUUCCUGUUCCUCACCCUCUUCAACCUCUUCCUCCUCUUGCUCUACUGCUGCUCUACCUUCCAGUGCCAAAAUUCACCCAACACCCCCCACCUCUACACUUCCUCUGGGACAGAAAUGAAACCAAGGUGAAGAGUGAUGUCAAUAUAAAGGUCCAAGAGAUGGAAAUACUAAGUGGAUCAGAACGUAAAGCAGAUCCCUUUGGAGUGCUUGUUCUGUGUAUGCAUGAGAGAGUUGAGACUGCAAUGAAUAUGUGAAUUCCAGUGUACUUUUGGAUGAGAUGGGGAGUGAAUGUAAGAGAUGAUAGAUUAUAGUGUGGACAGACAGGGGGGUAACAUGGAACACAGCGGCUGGUGUUUAUGAAUCAUGAUAUGUUUGUGUGUUGAGAUGUAUACAUUCUUAAAUGUAUGACUGUGUGUUUAUGAGUGUGAGUGUUUAUGGAGUAUCCGAGUACAUAUCCCAUAUGUCCUUUUACAGAAAUUAACAUUCAUGUUUAUGUUUUCAAAUUUACUCAAUCUCUCCCUAAGCAGAGAUAAUAAGGACACAAGUUUUGACAGUGUGUUUAAUUUGUCAAUGCUUACAGUAAAAGGACUAACAAUUUUAAAAGUGCAAUUAGUAAUGGUCAUCUAAAUUGAUCAGCGUGUAUUGUAUGGAUUUUUCUGUAAGGCAUAACAUAUUUUUGUAGAAGCACAGUGAAAAACCAGAUUCAUAGAGGAUCUUCUCAUAACCAUGACAUGAAACUGUAGGCCGACAGCACAAGGCGUUUCAAUGGGCAAUGAAAAGAUCCACACCACGUUAGUCGAGAAAGGUAAAGUUGUCUGGCUGCCAUCAUUACCACAUUGCGACCAACCACACUGUUGCAGUGUUGUUCACUGGUACAGCAUGUGCUUCAUUUUUAUUCUUUUAUGUUUAACAGUUGUAACAUACUGAGUGAUGUGAUAUCAAUUAAUGAUAUGAUGGUUAAUUUAAAUAUGCCAUCUGUGUUCAGUGCAUACCUGGAUACACUCAGCCCAAGCAGGCAUGACCUUAUGAUUAACUUGCCAGACUGCAAACUGCUUGCACUUACUGUAUAUUCAUGAAUCUUACAUUUACUAUUUGCAGCCUACUGAGAUAAUUCCUCAGUCUUGAGUAAAUGUGCUUUCGGUGCAUUUGACAUGUUUGCUUCCAGUUUGAGCUCUGCAAUCAAGGUGUCAUGCUAAGGAAGAAGAUGAAAAAUUAAAAAAACUGCCACGUCACUAUUGUCUGGGGAGACCAUAUGGGUUACACCCAUAUUGCUUUUUGAAAUGACUGCAUUUUUUUGUGGGUGUGUGAGUGUAUAUUUUUUCUGUGUGACAAAGCUUUGAGAUAAUCGCAUGGUAUCAAAUUGCAUCCCUGUUUCUUUCAUUCAAAGCGGCCUCUCAAAUGUCAUUGUACCCAACCUAAAAUGUGUAAUGUUUUGGGCUUGUUUCCUCAAAAAACAUAAACCAGUGAGAGGUAAGGCCAUAUACUAGAGGUAAGCUUGACGUCCAACAUCGUUGUCAGAACCUCACUUGCCUAUUUGCCAACUUUGUUUCGCGCUGGACAAAUUCCUUGUUUCAAUUGUGAACUAUUUAGUCUUUGACCAUAGGCUGUCAGUGUGAAUGCAUAACUGUGGGCCAUAAUUGUGCUUUAUGCACACUGCAAAAGGUUUACUCAAGUCAGAAAUGUCCCAUUCCUCUAUUUCUAAACACUUCAUUUGUAGAUGCAGCGAUACAGAGUAUUAUAUCAGCAGUGGAUAUAGUGCUGUACAUUUUAUUUGGUUAUCAGUGCGAUUAGCCAAACACACAUUUGGCCAACAACGGUCAGGCGUUAAUACACUUUUUUGGCAUAAUAAGUAGCUUGCAGCCAAAGCCGCAUUUGUGUUUUAUUAAUGAUAAAGAGACUGUGCUACUGAAAACAGCAUAUUGUUCUGGUUAUUGCCUACAUGUGAGUGAAACCCAUUUAAAACAUGAAUGGUUAAGGAGGAAGAGUUUCUGCUAAAGGGUACGGUUGUUCAGAAACGGCAUAAUCUAGAAUAUGACACAAUUCUUCUGUAUUUUUCAAGACAACCCACAUUGUCACAGAGAUGUAGUUUAUUAUUAGUGCAGGUGAGAUUCUGUGCUGUCAUGUCUGAUACUAACAUGUUGACUGCAAACUACAGCUUAAUGAUCAUGAUUCAUGACGUGCAGCUGGCUUUGUCCUUGAAGUGUUACCAAAAUGUUAUCUAAAAGAUAAAGAUUAUUUUUGUAUUUUGAAAUGGGGUUGUACAAAUUGUAAAAUUGUGUUUUCUUUAUUAUAAAUCUAGAAAACACUGGUUUUCAUCUAUGUUUACAUGGGAAUUCCCUAUCUUGAUAUACCUCUCUGAGUUCUGACAGGCCAGGGUCAUAUAAGAAUAUAGUCAGAGAAGUUUUGGUUAUUUUGACAUCUUAUUCCAGUUUUUAACCAUGACAACCUGGGAGAUACAUAACAUACUUACAUACGUCUUCCUAUUAGGCUGCAGGUCAGAUUUAAUUCACACACAAAUUAAUGCAACACACAUAGGGAGUCCCACAAUGGCAUGACUGAGAACCAAUGAUAAAAGGACAUUUGGGCAGAGUAACCUCUAAAAAUAAAUAAAGUAUGUUGUUGGUGAUAUAGCCUCUGUAAAUUGCAACUAA